AUGUCCUUCUCUUUUUCUUUUCUUCUUGCUUCCCUGGACAUCAAUGACGCGGAAGAGCAGAGCGGAGGAGAGGAGAAAAAAGAGAAGGAGACAGAAAAUCACGACGGCAGAAGGGAGACGACAGGCAAGAUAAAAGGCGAGUAA